GGUGGUCGAAUAUACCUCACUAUUUUCACUACCUACUGCCAUUAGGGAGCGGAUAAGAUGCUUCAGCCUGACGGUUAGUCGCACAUAGAGGUUGUUCUCUGGAGCCCACAGUCGCAUCGUGCUGCCCCGUUGCUCGAUGGGGCUCGACGGUUGGAGCUGCCGGAGCUAGGUGGCGCAGCAUGCUGGCGGCCGGAAAUGGGAAGCCUCAAUCACGGAUCUUCGCAACUCUCGGCGGAUUUUGAUCAUGACGUGGACGGCGUUAAUUCCAGCCUGUGGAAUCUAGAUCUUAGUCAGGAAGAAUUGACGGACAAUCUAGGGACCAAAUUAGGAACGGGCGGAGCGACGGACGGAGUAGUUUUAAACCUGGGCUCAGAAUCCGGAUCGACGGUCGUGAAGUGCUCUUGGAUGCCUCGGCAAGGAGCAUUCUCCGUGGUGGCGCCGGCGCCAGGCCCGCAUGGCGACUGCAGCGGCGAGCAGCGGCAGGAGUCGAGCCAGAGGACACCCCUGCUAGUGCGGAUGACGGCCGGUCUCAAGCACACCUACACGGCGUGCAACGACGCCCACACCCACGCCCACCACCCCGCGUCCCACCCCGCGCCCGCCGCUCACGAGCAAGCGGCGCCUGGCGAUCAUGUCGCCUCGGCGGAGGGGGGUGGUGAUGACGGCGAGCGGGCGGCGCGCGUGGUACUGACAAAGCCAUCGGAGCCCGCGGGGAACGAGGGCAUGGACAACGCCAACUCCGACCUCAUCCUCACCACGCACCUCGUGCUCACCGCCGGCGACGGCACCCUUAGCUACGUGGUGCGGGACGUGUUGGGGCAGGGCACGUUCGGGCAGGUGGUGAAGUGCGAGUGCGUGGAGACGGGCGAGGUGGUGGCGGUGAAGGUGAUCAAGAACCAGCCGGCGUACUACCACCAGGCGCUCGUCGAGAUCAGCAUCCUCAGACUCCUGAACGGGUCGUUCGACCCGCACGACCAGCACCACAUAGUGCGUCUGGUGGACCACUUCGUGUGCCACAGCCACCUCUGCAUCGUCUUCGAGCUCCUCACCUACAACCUGUUUGAGCUCAUCCGCCAGAACCAGUUCCGCGGUCUCUCCCUCAAGCUCGUGCGCCUCUUCACCAAGCAGCUGCUGGUGGCGCUGACGGUGCUGGAGGACGCGCGGGUCAUCCACUGCGACCUCAAGCCCGAAAACAUUCUGCUCAAGAGUCUGGGCGGCGAAAUCAAGCUGAUCGACUUUGGCUCUGCAUGCACUGAGAAUCGAACCGUGUACUCGUACAUCCAGAGUCGGUUCUACCGGUCGCCGGAGGUGGUGCUGGGGCAUGCGUACGGCACGGCCAUCGACCUGUGGUCGCUGGGGUGCGUGGCGGCGGAGCUCUUCCUGGGCCUGCCGCUCUUCCCGGGGGCCUCCGAAUACGACAUGCUGCACCGCAUGGUGGAGACGCUGGGCUGCCAGCCGCCCGACGCCAUGUUGAGGCGCGCCAAGCACACCAGCAAGUACUUUGCGCGGGCAGCAAGUGCAGAGGGUGCGGGGGAGGAGGGGCGGGGGUCGGCGUACCGCCUGAAGACGGUGGACGAGGUGGCGGCGGGGGGGGAGACACGGCCCGCCCUGGGCAAGCGGUACUUCCGGCAGACGGCGCUGAGCGACCUGGUGCUGAGCUACGCGCUGAGACGCGGGGACACGGGCGAGGAGGCACGGCAGGAGCACGCAAGCCGAGUGGCGUUCGUGGACUUCCUCUCGGGGCUGCUCCACAUGGACCCCGCCCAGCGCUGGACCGCCAAACAGGCGUCGCAGCACCCAUUCAUCACGGACGAGCCAUGGACGGGACCCUUCCAGCCACAGCCCCAGCAGCAGGCGGAGGCCACACAAGGCGCCCAACUUCAGCCGCUGCACAGGGAGGGGGCCACCAGGCUCGCCCACCAGCAGCAGCAGCAGCAGCAGCAGCAGCAGGCGCGUGUGCUGCAGCACAGGCAGUCGGUGGAAGCCCAUGCGCUGGACGCAGCGGGCAGGGGGGCAUUGGAUGGAGGCAUCAUGGCGGGCAGCCUGGGCGGGGCUGCAGCGAUGGGAGCGGGAGUGCGGGCUGCCAUGGCGCUGAACGGAGCUGCAUCUGCUGCCAUGGGCGUGGGCCUUGGCGCUCCUGCUGCUGCAGCCAUGGGUGCCAGCAUGGGUGCUGGCACAGGCAUGGGUGAAGGGGGAUAUGCGAGUGUGGGAGGGUAUGGCGUGACUGUGGGUCUGCCGCACAACUACGGCCCUCUAGGGGCCAGUGUGGGCUCCUACGGCAGCAUUGGCAGUCUCGGCAGCUUUGGCGCCAUGGGAGGCAUGGGGGGCAUGGGAGCGAUGGGGGGCAUGGGAGGUAUGGGAGGAAUGGGGAGCCUGGGAGGCAUGGGGGGCAUGGGAAGCCUGGGCGGGCUUGGCAGUCUGACUGACCCCACAGGCUCGUAUAUCGCGUAUGCUGCCCACCUGGCUGCUGCAGGGCAGGGGGCGGACAUGGGAUCGGGGUCGUUCGGGGGAGCAGCAGGAGCAGGCGGAGCAUCAGCCCUGGGCCUGGGUUUAGGGUUAGGGUUUGGUCAGAGCCCGGACACACGGCAGUUGCUGCCCGCGCUUGGCAGCAUGUCGCACGUGAACCAGGCGGCGCAGCAGCGGCACAUGGGGCAGCUGGGCCAACCAGGGGCGCUCAACCACGUGGGGCAAGCGAACCAGAUGGGGCAAGCGGGUCAAGGCGGUCUGCUGAGUCAGAUGGCCUCCAGCCCCCUGGGUCCUGGCAGGGGCUCCCUGCAGCAGUACCAACAGCAGCACUUGCAGCAGCAGUUUCAGCAGCAGUUCCAACUGCAGCUGCAGCAGCAGCAGCAGCAGUAUCAGCAGCUGCAGAGGCUGCAUCAGCAACAGCAGAUGCAGCAGAUGCAGCAGCAGCAGCAGCAGCAGCAAAGGCGGUCGUCCCUGCACGAGCAGCUGCAGGCGUCCCAUUCCCUGCAGCCGUCGUCCGCGUCCCUCCUGUCGCCCCAGUUCCGCGCGUCACUGGCGCCAGGCACCAGCCUGGGCAUGAGCAUCCCCGCCCCCGCCACGCUCGCAGGCAGAAGCACCAUUGGCGCGGGCAGCAGCCCGGGGGAGAGGAGGGGCAGCGGCGCGGGGCUGAGUCAGGGACUGGGAGGUGGCAACGCAGUGCAUGCGCAGGAGGCAGGGGGCUCGGGUGCGUAUGUGGCCUUGGGGCAGAGCCCAGGCGGGCCUUAUUUCGUGGAAGGGGCGGGGCGAGGGGGAGGGGGGUACUGGGGAGGGAGGGACGGUGAAGCGGCAGUCAGCAGCAGCUCGCUGCUAGGCGCGAGCCCCCUGCAGUUCACCCCGCCCUCUGAUGCCCACCACUUCACGUCCAUGCACUCGCACUCGCACCACCACCACCACCACCAGCAGGGUGGGCGGCAGGGGCACUUACAGGUGCGCGUGAGUGAUCCCACAACUCCCUCCUCCCCCACCUCCGCCUCCCCCCUCUUCCCCCCCUCCUCUCUCCUCCCCGACUUCCCCUCCCCGCUGGCCAGAAGCUCGGUGGGGCAGGCGUCGUCACUGGGGCCCAGCAGCAGCGUCCCCGGAAUCAAUCUAGGCCUCGCAGGGGGGCUGGCGCCCACUGCUGGAAGGGGCUUGGGAGGUGCAGGUGCAGGAGCAGCAGGGAUGGGGCUGAGUGUGGGGAGGGGCGGGGCGGACGGGGGGAUAGCUCUUGAGAAGGCGGCUGUGAUGGGGCAGUUCCAGCGGAGGCAGAGCGAGGUGAUGCGCAUGAUGGCCCUCAUGCUGCAGCAGCAGCAACAAGAACAAGAACAACUGCAACAGCAGCAGGAACAGCAGGUGGAAGAACAAAUUCAACAGCAGCAGCAGCAACAGCAGCAGCAACAUCUGUUGCAACAGCAACAACAGCAGAAACAUCUUUUGCAGCAGCAGCAGCAAGAGCAAGAAUGGGAAGAGCAGCAGCAGGAUCAGAGAGAGCAGGAGCAGUGGGUGGGGCAGCAGCAGGGGGCAGCUGGGAGCCACGGUGCAAGAGAGGCCGUGAGUGAAGGGGCUUACAGCAGCGGCGGCAGCAGCAGCAAGGAUGGCGGGUAUGGCGCAGACACAGGCAGAGGGAGGGCGAUGCUUGCAGGAGGUGGGGAUUCCAGGGGCGCAGGCAGCGCACAGCUGAGCCUGCAGGGGGGCGCACAGGCAGCAGUCCAGCCACCGCUGUCUACCAAGGAAGCUGGAGGGACUCUAGACUCGGGUGCUGGUGUGAGCCUUGGGCUGGGGCUAGGGCUAGGCAGCCACUACAGCAUUGACGGUAGGGUCGAGGAGGGAGGUGCCAGUGCAGCAGGUGUGGGGGGGAGCGAGGGGCGAGAGGGGAGAGUGGGAGAAGGGGGGGCGGGAGGAGGAAGAGCGAGCGUUGAGAGGGCAAGGCGGAGUCCGUCAGCAGCGGGGGAGGGUCCGGGCGAGUGGGAUCCGUACUUGUGUGACGACCUGCUGCCCCCAGCAGGCAUGGGUGAGCGUGGCCAUGCUGGUGCUCCAGCUGGGGGCUUGAGUGCGGGGCUGAGAGGCGGCGGCCAUGGGAGUGGGGCCAGCUCUGUAGAGAGACACUCGCACAUGGGGUCACAUGGGCAUGUGGGCUCGCAAGGGCAUGUGGGAUCACAUUGGCACGUAGGUCCACAUGGGCAUGUGGGGUCACAUGGGCACGUGGGGUCGCAUGGGCAGGUUGCGCCACCUGCUGCCUGGAGUCCUCUAAGCGCUGCCUACGACCAACCUGCACCUGCCACUGGUCGUGGUGCUGCUGGUGCGGCUGGUGCUGCCUCCACUGCUGCUGUGCCCGUGGCGCAUGGCGCGGUAGCGGGCAGUGGUGGCGGCAGUGGGGGGUCGCUGGGAGCCAUGGACUACUCGCCUGUGGCAGCACCAGGCGCCUUCAUGUGGUCUCGCCCCCCUGCCAGUGGCUCGUCCGCCCCCCUCAACUACCGCUCCGCCACGGAUCUCCCACCCGCCCGCCAUGGCGACGCCGCCUGUGGUGGUGCUGCUGCUCCCGCUGCUGGUUUCACUCCCGCCUUCAGCAGCGAGAGGUGGCGAGGAGGUGCGAGUCUGCGGGAUGGCACAGCAGGGGCCGUGGUGGACGCAGAGGCAGGGGCGGAGGGGGAGGCAGGGGGGGGCGCGGAGCCCAUGGGAAUAUCACCGGUGCAGGCAGGGCACUUGGGCAACUGGUCUGUGGCGGCAGCUGCUGCUGCUGCUGCCAUUGCAGGGCAGCAGGGGGGAGGGGCGUGGGGAGGUACCAAGGCAGGAGGGUCAAUGGGAGGCAUGGGCUUGGCAGAGGUGGCUUGGCUUGGCUAGGGCUGGGUCCAGUCUUCACUGCGCUAUCUCCAAUCAGCCAACCACAGCACAUGCAUGCUGUUGGCUUACUACAAAGUAUUCGGCAUACAAGCAGCAAAAUGCAAAAAUCAAUGAGAUUAGCGUGCGUGUGUUGCACUUGGGUCUUCCAGCUCGCAGGUGGCAUAUGACGCACCAACUUGUAUUAUCCAACAAAGAGAAUGGUACUUU